UCUUUUCUGUUUUACAUUUUACUAAUAACUUUAUAUAUAUAUAUAACUCUCUGCAUCAUACUGGUAUAUUACAUUUUCAAGUCCAUAAUAAAAUGGAGCCAUGGAACGACCUGAGCGGAAAAAUAGUGAUGGUGACAGGGGCAUCAUCAGGAAUCGGGCUAGAGUUCUGUCUCAACUUGGCAAAAGCCGGUUGCAGAAUCAUUGCUGCUGCUCGUCGUGUUGACAGACUGAAAUCUCUUUGCGAAAAAAUUAAUAGUGAUUCAGAGGGACCCCAGCGUGCAAUCGCUGUCGAGCUUGACGUCUCUGCCGAUGCUGCUACCGUUGAGUCCGCCGUACAAAUAGCUUGGGAUGCCUUUGGACGUAUUGAUGUCUUGGUUAACAACGCUGGCGUUAGAGGCAGUGUGUGCUCUUCAGUGGAAUUAACAGAGGAGGAAUGGAACAAUACUUAUAACACAAAUCUAAGAGGGGCAUGGCUGGUUUCAAAAUAUGUUUGUAGACAUAUGAGCAAUGCUAAACAGGGCGGAGGAUCUGUUAUUAACAUCACUUCAAUGGCUGGUCUAAAUCGUGUAGUAGUACCGGGGACUAUUGCUUACGCUUCUUCAAAAAUGGCUCUUGACAUGGUCACUAAGAUUAUGGCGAUCGAAUUGGGAGGAGAGAAUAUCAGAGUGAAUUCGAUAUCACCGGGAGUUGUCAAAUCAGAGAUAACAGAAAGCCUUGUUCAACAAAAAUGGUUCCAUGACUUCCUUUUCAAAACCCUUCCUAUUAGAUAUCUUGGGACGACAGAUCCUGGCUUAACAUCAAUCCUCCGAUACUUAAUCCAUGAUUCUUCCCAAUACGUAACGGGCAAUGUUUUCAUCGUCGAUGGUGGAGCUACCUUACCGGGUGUCCCCAUUUUCUCAUCACUCUAGCAAGAAAUGGACAUGUUAGAGAAACAUAUUGUUGGUUUUUUUUCUCCUUGUAUUAAGUUACUAGUGUAUUGUAUGUUCAAUUCUCAAAUGUAUCUUAUUACUGCUUUCAUGGUUCGAUUUGGGUUGAUUUCUAAUUAAAAUCAAAAUCAAAAUCAAAGUUAAA